UCACUUAGGAAAGCUAGGGUAGGGCUGCCAGAUCAGUUUGUCACCACCCAGGCUCCCUUGCCUUUGGCUGGGUGCAACUUCCAUUUUAGGUGUUGGAUCUGAGGGGAAAAGGAGAGAGAGGGAGAGAGGGAAAGGGAGAGGAAGAAAGAGAGCGAGCAAGAGGGAGGGAGGGAGAGAGCUCGAGAGAGACAGACACGGAGGGAGAGGAGAAAGGCAGGAAAGAUCGUGGAACGAGGAAGAGGAAGAGGCGGCGAACCUCGCUGGAUUUGUCUUUCUCAGCACAUUGGUGAAGCUUUGGGUUUGUUUCUUAAAGGACUGCUUUAGAAGUCCACAUUUGAGCUCUCUCCUUCCUGCUUGCUGCUUGCUGAGGUGGCUGGGCAGCUUCCAUGGUUUAUCUGAAUCUAGACUGGGCUAUUCUCUGUGCUAAACCAAUCAGUUACGGGCCUUCUCUUAACAGUGUGAAGUGAGGGGGAUAUACUCCCUCCUUUCUACUCCCUCUGUGGUCUACCUUACUUUUUAUCCUGCCCUGCGGCGGCUCCUCCCCUUACCUUCAUGGACGACUCAGAGGUGGAGUCGACCGCCAGCAUCUUGGCCUCUGUGAAAGAACAAGAGGCCCAGUUUGAGAAGCUGACCCGGGCGCUGGAGGAGGAGCGGCGCCAUGUCUCGGCGCAACUGGAACGCGUCCGGGUCUCACCACAAGAUGCCAACUCACUCAUGGCCAACGGCACCCUCACCCGUCGGCAUCAGAACGGCCGGUUUGUGUGCGAUGCUGACCUUGAGAGACAGAAAUUUUCAGAUUUGAAACUCAACGGACCCCAGGAUCACAACCACCUUCUGUACAGCACUAUCCCCAGGAUGCAGGAGCCAGGACAGAUUGUGGAAACCUACACGGAGGAGGACCCUGAAGGAGCCAUGUCUGUUGUUUCUGUGGAGACCUCAGAUGAUGGGACCACCAGGCGCACUGAGACCACAGUCAAGAAAGUUGUGAAGACAAUGACAACUCGGACAGUACAGCCUGUCGCCAUGGGGCCGGAUGGGCUGCCUGUGGAUGCCUCAGCAGUCUCCAACAACUAUAUCCAGACCUUGGGCCGUGAUUUCCGCAAGAAUGGCAAUGGGGGCCCCGGUCCCUAUGUGGGGCAGGCAGGCACUGCAACUCUUCCUAGGAACUUCCACUAUCCUCCAGAUGGGUAUGGCCGACACUAUGAAGAUGGUUAUCCAGGUGGCAGUGACAACUAUGGCAGUCUGUCCCGGGUGACCCGAAUCGAGGAGCGGUAUAGGCCCAGCAUGGAAGGCUACCGUGCACCCAGUAGACAAGAUGUCUAUGGGCCCCAGCCCCAAGUUCGAGUAGGUGGGAGCAGUGUGGAUCUGCAUCGUUUUCAUCCAGAGCCUUACGGGCUGGAGGAUGACCAGCGCAGCAUGGGUUAUGAUGACCUAGAUUACGGCAUGAUGUCUGAUUAUGGUACUGCCCGUCGCACAGGAACACCUGCGGACCCUCGACGCCGCCUCAGGAGCUAUGAAGACAUGAUUGGUGAAGAGGUGCCACCUGAUCAAUACUAUUGGGCUCCUUUAGCCCAGCAUGAGCGGGGAAGUUUAGCAAGCUUGGAUAGUUUGCGCAAGGGAAUGCCCCAACCUCCAAAUUGGAGACAGCCUGAGCUGCCAGAGGUGAUCGCCAUGCUUGGCUUCCGCUUGGAUGCUGUUAAGUCCAAUGCAGCUGCAUACCUGCAGCACUUAUGCUACCGCAAUGACAAGGUGAAGACUGAUGUGAGGAAGCUCAAGGGUAUUCCGAUAUUGGUAGGAUUAUUAGACCAUCCCAAAAAGGAAGUGCACCUUGGUGCCUGUGGAGCUCUCAAGAAUAUCUCUUUUGGGCGUGACCAAGAUAACAAGAUUGCCAUAAAAAACUGUGAUGGUGUUCCUGCUCUGGUGCGACUGCUCCGAAAGGCUCGCGAUAUGGACCUGACCGAAGUGAUUACUGGAACCCUGUGGAAUCUCUCAUCCCACGAUUCAAUCAAAAUGGAGAUUGUGGACCAUGCGCUACAUGCCUUGACAGAUGAAGUUAUCAUUCCACAUUCUGGUUGGGAGAGAGAACCUAAUGAAGACUGUAAGCCACGGCAUAUUGAGUGGGAGUCAGUGCUCACCAACACAGCUGGCUGCCUUAGAAAUGUAAGCUCAGAGAGGAGUGAAGCCCGGCGGAAACUUCGGGAAUGUGAUGGCUUAGUUGAUGCUCUCAUUUUCAUCGUUCAGGCAGAAAUUGGGCAGAAGGAUUCUGAUAGUAAGCUUGUGGAGAAUUGUGUUUGCCUCCUUCGGAACUUAUCAUACCAAGUUCAUCGUGAAAUCCCACAGGCAGAGCGUUACCAGGAGGCACUUCCUACUGUGGCUAACAGUACUGGGCCACAUGCUGCCAGUUGCUUUGGGGCCAAGAAGGGCAAAGAUGAGUGGUUCUCCAGAGGGAAAAAGCCUACAGAGGAUCCAGCAAAUGAUACAGUGGAUUUCCCUAAAAGAACUAGUCCUGCUCGAGGCUAUGAACUCUUAUUUCAGCCAGAAGUGGUGCGAAUAUACAUUUCACUCCUUAAGGAGAGCAAGACACCUGCCAUCUUAGAAGCCUCGGCUGGAGCUAUCCAGAACUUGUGUGCUGGGCGCUGGACAUAUGGCAGAUACAUCCGUUCUGCUCUUCGUCAAGAGAAGGCUCUCUCUGCCAUAGCUGAUCUCCUGACCAGUGAACAUGAGCGAGUAGUGAAAGCUGCUUCUGGGGCACUGAGAAAUCUGGCUGUGGAUGCUCGGAACAAAGAGUUAAUUGGCAAACAUGCUAUUCCUAACUUGGUAAAGAAUCUGCCAGGAGGUCAACAGAACUCCUCCUGGAAUUUCUCUGAAGACACUGUGGUCUCUAUAUUGAACACCAUCAACGAAGUUAUUGCUGAGAACUUGGAAGCUGCCAAAAAGCUUCGAGAGACCCAGGGUAUUGAGAAGCUGGUGUUGAUCAACAAAUCAGGGAAUCGUUCAGAAAAAGAAGUCCGGGCAGCAGCUCUUGUCUUGCAGACGAUCUGGGGCUAUAAGGAGCUUCGGAAGCCACUGGAAAAAGAAGGAUGGAAGAAAUCAGACUUCCAGGUGAAUCUAAACAAUGCAUCUAGAAGCCAGAGCAGCCAUUCAUAUGAUGAUAGCACUCUCCCCCUCAUUGACCGGAACCAAAAAUCAGAUAAGAAACCUGACCGGGAAGAAAUUCCAAUGAGCAGUAUGGGGUCAAACACAAAAUCAUUAGAUAACAACUAUUCCACACUGAAUGAGAGAGGAGACCACAACAGAACACUGGACCGAUCUGGGGAUCUGGGUGAUAUGGAGCCAUUGAAGGGAGCACCCUUGAUGCAGAAGAUUUAGCACCACUCUACCUGCUCCAUAUGGGCUUAUAAUAUAUUACUUUUAUUUUUUGGUGGUGAAAUGGACUGAUGAUUUUUUUCCUUUCUUCGCUGGACUAUUGUGCCAACUACCAGGCUGACUCCUACCCUUGUAGCCCAACGUGGCUGCCUUCAUCCGUGAAUUACCAACAUCUUCCACUGAAGUUUAAUUGUCUAUCAUCCCAGACCCUACUUCCGGUUUCCCCCCCAAGAAUCCUGACUCAGUUACUUGCAUAUCUUGAGAAACUGCUGCAGAUUAGCCCUUUUUGCCAGCCUUCCCUGGAACUCUUGGCCUUGCAUAGAGGGAGGGAAAGUGGAAUUCUCUACUGGAAGUAAUGGGAAGAACUGAAAAUUACACGCUGUCUGUUCAGCAUUCUGACAAACUGAUGACUUUUAAUCAAGACUAUUUUUUCUGGUGUGGGGGGAACUUUUUAUUUUGUUUUGGAUGGGGAAGUCUGAGUUCUUCCCUUAUCCAGUGGCUAUUUUUGAAGCCAAGAAGGCUGGAAACAUUGGCACAUUCCACCUGGCAAAGGCCCUCAAGUAAGUGAAGUACUCCCCAACCUCGGAGUGAGAACUCUUGUUCCUCCUGUCCGAGGCAGGGACCACAAAGGACCUACAGACUCCAUCUCUUCUGUCAGCUUCAGGACAACCUUGGGGUGCUGUCCUUAACCCUCCUCUCCUACCCUGUGGUAAACCUGCUAACUUGACCUGGCCGUUUGCAAGAUGCUUUGUAAAAAGGAGAAUGCCGUGGAACCCUUGCUUGAGAAGAAACAGAAAGAUUGUCUGUUGAAGAUGAACCUCUAGGAGGAACUAGAAGGAAUGUACAUGAAGUGGUUAGUCUGAAACUGGCAGGAAGCUUCAAAGCUGGCUUUCCCCAGCCUCCUCCACCCCAUCUCUCUUCCUCCUUUAUAAGCUUGUCCUCCCUCUCCUCCCCUUCCCUGGAUUUGUUGGCCAACUUACAAGAUUUGUACAUAACUCCUCCCCCUUUGCCCUUCUAAGGUAGGAGUUGCCCUGGCUUUGCCUCUUCUUUGUGCCUUUGGCCUGGGGUGCAUCUCCUCCCUCUCUUCCAGGUGCCUUUCUUUGCCUCUGCAGUCUCAUUUCUCAUGAUUUUGCAAGUUAGAUUUUGUUAUUUUCUUACCCUCUGGUGGCCCCCAGUAGCUGAAGGAAAGAAGAGGAGUGGUAACCUAGGGAACUUCAAGUCCCCACUGGGCGUUGUUGUGGCCUCUGAUGUAGGCACAAAAGGCUUCUGCUCUACAAUGUACAGUUGGGAUUGAUGCAAAUCCAUCCUGAUGAGUCUCAAAGUGAGGCUGUUCCCAUCCUUUCUGAAAGGCUACAGGGAAUCAGGCCUAGCCUCCACUGCACCCUUUAUUCUUGUAGUGAAUGUUACAGCUUGGCUAGAGGAGCAGCUACUCUGUGGGUUCAAUUUUUUUAAAAAACUUUUUUCCUUAUUUGCUUUCUUUCCUUAAUCUAAAAGCUCUAUUCAAUGCAACUGGAAUUCUUUAUCCCUCUUCUCCUGUUCCUUAAUAUAUUUGAGGCUAUGGGGUAGGAGAAAAGUGCACAGCCCACCACCCCCUUUCUUACGUAUUACAGUCCCCCCCAAUGCUUCCUCCCCAUUUCUUCUAGUCCAUUUACCUUUUCUGGCAGAAAGGAGCUUUGUGCUCUGUGACCCUCAGAGCACAUUGCACAGGGGAGCCUCCCCGCCCACAUCUGUCUGCUCUGGUUUUGGGUUCUCUUGUCCUCCUCUGCUCUUCCUGGUGCUCUCUCUUCUCGGUGGGGUGUGGGUAAUAGAAUAGCCAUGGGCUCUGGGGACCUUUAACUGUUUGUUUGUUUGUUUGUUUGUUUGUUUUGUUUUUCCUCUUUCAUUUAUAAAAACACUAAACAUUCAAUUUCAGCAAACCAAAAAUCCUACCCUCCCACCGAAUACUACUAAGGGGCAUAUCUUCUGCUCUGUAUCUUUUCUCUCUUUCUUUCUCUUGUUAAUGCUUUUAAAAACAAAUGAGUUUUUUAUAUAAAUAAAAGUUUUUAAAGUGUG